UUGCACGCGCGGCGGCGGCGGCGAACAAAACGCGUAAAAACACGUCUCCGGACCAGGCGCAGUGCGCGUAUCGUACCUCGUCCUGCGCGGUCGUGUGUUCGUGUUACGGUGAUAUUCGUCAGUAUUUGUUGUUACAGUGUCACCGGUGGUGGUCCGGUGAAAAACGGAGCUUCUUUGUAAUUUUUUUUUUUUCUCGCCUAUAUUAACUUAACUCGACCUAUUUAAUAUGUAACGAUCACCAGUGUGUGUGUGUGUGUGGGUGCGUGACAUAUGAUAAUAGUAUAAUCAAUUUUACAAUAACAUAAUUACAUCAAAACAUUGUAAUGGACGAGGAUACGGCUUUGGUUUUGGGCGUGCAACUAUUGGCCCUGUGUUGCAUAGCGUGCUCUCUGGUGCUAUACUUGUUGCGGAAAAUGAGCAGGAAAACCGUGGACGCUGUUCCGGCACUCCGAUCAGUGCUGGUUACGUCGUGUGAGACGUCUGCCGGACUGCAGCUUUGCGACCGGCUAGCGGCCUCUGGUUUCCGUGUUUUCGCCGGCCACAAGCCGGAUAUCCGACCGGACUCGGCCGAGUCGUCCGAUCGAGCGCAGCCGUCCGGCCCGUCAUCUGGGGCUUGCGCCCUCCUCCGGUCGCGCGUCAAGCAGCGCGAAUCGGCCGCGGCGGACGUGGAAAGGGCACCCGGAGGUAUCGUGUUCGUGCCUUUGGACGUGACCCGCGAGGAUUCACUGCACGAGGCAGUGGUCACCAUAAAAAGGCAUCUGCCUGCCGGUGAAGAUGGUUUAUGGGCUGUCGUAAAUACCGCAGACGUAUGUCUGAGGGGAAGAAUCGAAAUGCAAGAGAGCGCUCAAUGGGAGACGUUAUUUAAGACUAAUGUUUUUGGAACACUUAAGGCGGCUAGAACAUUUUAUCCUUUACUAGUGAGCCAAAAAGGUCGUUUUAUUAACUUUGGUACAUCAAACGGACAUCCUCGCCGACCAGGGAUGACUGCUUUCGACUCAGCGCGCCAUGCCGUGGUCGGUGCUAGCACCUCUUUGAGAGAAGACCUGAAGGACUUGGGUGUUCACAUAAUAAUCAUCAACACAAAUCACAUUCUGCCAGAGCACAUGUUCGAACCAGUGAGGUCUUCUGGCAAAGCAAACGAACAAACGCUCAAUGAAAUGUUUCUGAAAACGACUCUACCCGAGUAUGCCAUACACACACUAAUGGACGCACUACUCGAGUCCAAUCCUAAACCGGUGUACGGUUUUGAAAAACCGUCGAUGUUCAGUUGCAAUAGCUUUUCAAAAAAAAUUCUUAAAGCCGAACGCUACGUUGGAUAUGAAAAUAUUUAGUUAAACGUCUUUGCCCGAGUUCCAAGAUAGUGUAGGUGCAAAUUCUAAAAGACAAUGAAAUUGGAA